AUGGUUGGCUUCAGGGACAUUGCUGCCACGGGGGCUUGGCUCCUGCCUGUAGCCUAUGGGGCGAGUUCGACACCUGCGCCUAGCUCGACUUCGUCUGCGGCCUAUUCUCAAUUCACCAUCCCUGCUGCCUCUGAUGUCGGUGCGCAAUUGAUUGCCAACAUUGACGAUCCUCAAGCCGUCAAUGCCCAGGCCGUCUGUCCCGGAUACAAGGCAUCGAACGUCGAACGAUCUGCGAGCGGACUGAAGGCCACUCUGAGCUUGGCGGGUGAGCCUUGCAAUGUGUAUGGUACGGAUGUGGAGUCGCUGGACCUCUCAAUCGAAUACCUCGCGACGGACCGCCUGAACAUCGAAAUCAUUCCUUCUCAUAUCGACGCGUCCAACCAGUCUUGGUACCUGCUUUCAGAGGAUCUCGUCCCUAAAGCCAAAUCCGAUGGCACUGGCAACAGCAAGAACAGUGAUCUUGAGGUUGAAUUGUCCAAUGAUCCUACGUUCGGCUUCAAGGUGAUCCGCAAGGCUACCGGUGAUGUGCUGUUCGAUACAACGGGAUCGGUACUCGUGUACGAGGAUCAAUUCAUCGAAUUCGUCACUGCCUUGCCAGAAGACUACAAUCUCUACGGUCUCGGAGAAAAGAUUCAGCAACUGCGGCUUCUGAACAACUACACCCUGACCACCUAUGCAUCAGAUGUUGGAGACCCAAUUGACGGAAAUAUCUACGGAUCCCAUUCCUUCUAUUUGGAUACACGCUACUAUGAAGUCAACGAACACGGUGCUCACUCAUUCGUCUCCAUCGACCAGGCGGAGCAAUCCAAGGACUAUGUCUCCUACUCGCACGGCGUCUUCCUUCGAAAUGCUCAUGGCCAGGAAGUUGUUAUGCAGCCCCAGAAUUUGACUUGGCGUACCCUAGGUGGUAGCGUCGACCUUACUUUCUACUCAGGCCCGACCCAGGUUGAUGUCACCAAGAACUAUCAGCUUAGCACUGUUGGACUACCUACCAUGCAACAAUACUUCACUUUCGGCUAUCAUCAAUGCCGCUGGGGUUAUCAAAAUUGGUCCGUUGUGGAAGAGGUCGUUGCGAAUUUCGAGAAAUUCGAGAUCCCCUUAGAGAAUAUCUGGAACGAUAUCGAUUACAUGCACGGCUACCGUGACUUUGAUAAUGACCCGAUUCGAUUCGGCUACAGUGAAGGCGAAGCGUUCUUAGAGAGACUGCACAAGAGUGGCCGCCACUACAUCCCAAUCGUUGACUCUGCUCUUUACAUCCCCAAUCCUCACAAUGCAUCUGAUGCAUAUGAUACCUACACUCGGGGUGCUAAGGAGGGUGUCUUCCUAAAGAACCCGGAUGGCAGCGUCUACAUUGGCGCUGUGUGGCCCGGCUAUACAGUGUUUCCUGAUUGGCACCACCCGAAGGCUGUCGAAUUCUGGGCGAAUGAGAUCGCUACAUGGCACGGCAAGAUUCCUUUUGAUGGCAUCUGGAUUGACAUGAGCGAGGUUUCGUCUUUCUGUGUCGGCAGCUGCGGAACUGGAAAUCUCACCCUGAACCCGGCCCAUCCGUCCUUCCAGCUGCCUGGGGAGCCCGGAAACGUUAUUUAUGAUUACCCAGAGUCAUUCAACGUGACGAACUCGACCGAGGCAGCCUCCGCCUCGGCCGCCUCAGCCAGCCAGGCUUCAGCUGCGGCCACAUCGUCGUCCGACUCGACCUCUGUCUCCUACUUGCGGACUACACCCACACCGGGAGUUCGGAAUAUCAAUCACCCUCCAUACGUGAUUAAUCACGAUCAAACUGGUCACGAUCUCGCUGUGCAUGCCGUGUCUCCCAACGCCACCCAUGCGGAUGGUGUCCAGGAAUAUGAUGUUCACAACCUUUUUGGCCACCAGAUUCUCAACGCCACCUACCAAGGUCUGUUGAAGGUGAACUCGGAGAAACGACCGUUCAUCAUCGGACGUUCUACAUUUGCUGGUUCCGGCAAGUGGGCAGGUCACUGGGGUGGUGACAACGCGUCUAAGUGGGCGUAUAUGUUUUUCUCUAUUCCACAGGCACUGUCGUUCUCGCUAUUUGGUAUCCCCAUGUUUGGCGUGGACACAUGUGGAUUCAACGGCAACAGUGACGAAGAACUUUGCAAUCGCUGGAUGCAACUCUCCGCAUUCUUCCCCUUCUACCGCAACCACAAUGAACUUUCGACAAUCGGGCAAGAACCUUACCAGUGGGCGUCCGUUAUUAAGGCAUCCAAGACAGCUAUGGAGAUCCGUUACGCCAUUCUACCGUACUUCUACACCCUGUUCCACCUCGCGCACACCACUGGCUCGACGGUGAUGCGGGCUUUGGCUUGGGAGUUCCCGACCGACCCAUCCUUGGCUGCUGUUGACACGCAGUUCAUGCUAGGCCCGUCCAUUAUGGUUGUCCCUGUCCUUGCCCCCUUGGUAGACACCGUAAAGGGCGUUUUCCCCGGUGUCGGUGGGAAACAGGGUGAAGUCUGGUAUGAUUGGUAUACACAGACCGCAGUCAUGGCCGAACCCGGAGUCAACACUACGAUUGCUGCUCCGUUGGGUCAUAUUCCCGUCUACGUGCGCGGUGGCAGCGUUCUACCGAUGCAAGAGCCUGCCAUGACGACCCGGGAUGCGCGCAAUACCCCUUGGUCUCUGUUGACGGCUCUCUCCAGCGAGGGUGCUGCGACUGGCCAAUUGUACCUCGAUGAUGGCGAGAGCAUUUACCCCAACGCUACGCUCAACGUUGACUUUGCUGCCUCGCACUCCAGCCUGAACGCCUCGCCUCAUGGAAAUUGGAAGGAAUUGAACUCGCUUGCCAGUGUGACUGUCUUGGGCGUGACCGCGAAGCCUGGUGCGGUCACAUUCAACGGCAAGAAGGUCUCAUCCGUCCACUACAAUUCCACUUCGCAUGUGCUGUCGGUUAGUGGCCUGGAGCAGCUGACAGAAGAAGGUGCGUGGAGCAAGAAGUGGGUUCUGAAGUGGUAG